CGCUUCAGAUUUAAUAAAUCCGGAUGGAUGAAUCAGUAGAGUGAGAGUUGCUGAAUGAAUUUAAUCGCAUCCUCAUCACUUAUUAGUAACUUGCCUUCAGCCCGGUGCGAAUUUUUACCCGGAUUUUUACACACAUUUGCCACAAUGGCGGAUGUUGAAUCAAACGCUUCCGCUUGUGGAGCAAAGUGCAAGGACGCGGAGGGCUGCGCUAAGAAGGAAGGCUGCAAGGAGAAAGCAACGGGGGGCAAGAAUUGCGGAUGUGGUGUCGACUGCAACUGCCAGGAAACUGGAGAAUGUGCGUCCUCUUGCGAAGGAAAGGCAUGCGAGACGAAACCCGAUAAGGAAUAGUUCUUAGAUCGAAAACAACAUUUUGUACUGAUUUAUUAUUAAAAGCAGUAAACAAAAAUAUACGCACGACUUAUUAGUGAGAUUGUCAUCUUCAUUUACGUAAAGUGACCAAUUAUUUUUCAUCAGUAUUAUUUUCAGGAUUCUGUCCGAGUCUGACUUAGCGAUAAUGAUUGAUAACAUAAGAUUAAUCGGGUCAUCAGGUUUCAAUGAGAUCGCCCUCAAUCAAUUGUCAACUCACCACAAUGAUUGUAAUUAAUAUCAUCACUCCAUCACGUCAAUCAGGAUGACCAUUUAUUCCGUAGUAUUCCUCACACGAGAGAACUGAAUAAAAAACAUAUACUCCGAAAAUGAAUAUUAUACGGAAAUUACUUUAUACUUGUGUUUUCUUGUUCAUUGCUUUUGCUUGCAGUAGUAAUGCAGCAGAGAAAGAACAAGACUUUUCUGCAUUGCAAGAACGUGUCAUAAAAUUUAUCCAACCAUAUCGAACCCACAUUCAAAAAUGGUUCUGGAGAGUUUCUGGAGUGACUUAUAAUAAUCCAUUUGCUUCUGAAAAUCCAUCAUCUCUUGCGACAUUCGUCGACUGUGAAGUGUGUACGCAAGCUUUGCCAUUUCUGAAAGAAAUUCUGCAGACUGGAAUUCCAGAAGAACUUCUUAUUCAACUAAUCACUGUGGCCUGCAUAGCUCUCGACCUUGCUCCGGCACGUCGCAUUUGUCAACCAACGGUAGAAAAAUAUGCAAAACCCGCCACCUACAUUUUCCGAGAUAAGCCAGAUUUGAAUUUUGACGAUUUCUGUGGAAUUUUAAAUCCAGGUUGCACUCCUGUCAGUGAACAUUUGACAAGCUGGAAAAUUCGACUUAAUAAUGAAAAACCCCUUAUCAAGCCUCGUCCAUUACCGCCUCCUUCCGUUGCACUCUCCAAAAUAAUUCACUUCACGGAUAUCCACCUGGACUUGCAUUAUACGCCAGGGAAGAAUACCGUUUGUGACCUCCCUGCUUGUUGCAGAGUGGAAAAUGGAGAGCCUGCAAAUGAGACUCUUGGUGCCAAAACAUUUGGAAGCUUGGGAUGCGCGUUGCCAACCGCAGGGUUAGAAGCAAUGUAUCAACAUGCCAGAGAUACCCAUCACGAUGCCCGUUUUAUUUUUCUAACGGGAGACUAUAUUCAUUCCAAUGUGUGGGAGUAUGGCCAGGAGGAAAAUAGGAUGCAUUUGGAACAUGUGAGUCAGUUGCUGAAGGACACGUUCCAGGACACGUCGGUGGAAAUUUACCCUUUGAUUGGCAACCAUGAGCCAGACAUUUGCAACCUCUACCCCCCAGAGUCCGCAUGGGGCAAUUUUUCACUGACCUGGAUGUAUGAUGCCGUAAUUCGACCGUAUGAAGACUCUAUUCCCGUCAACCAAGUAAACUUGUUCCGAAAGUAUGGCUACUAUUCAGUGCAGUCAAAAGCAGAUAGAAAUUUACGCAUUGUUGUGCUGAAUACAAACCUCUGCUACAUUGAUAAUUUUUGGCUUCCUACUGCUCCGAUCGAUCCAUUUAACCAACUUCAGUGGUUUGCAGACACCAUGGAUCUGGCAGAGAGAUUUGGUCAAAAGGUUUUCAUCAUUGGACACAUAAGUCCAGGCUCAUACGAUUGCUGGCCAACCUGGAGCCACCAAUUUAAUCGUGUUAUAAGCCGCUACGAAGCUAUAAUUAAAGGACAAUGGUACGGCCAUGAGCAUGAUCAAAACUACAAAAUUACGUUUGCAGAGGGUACUAAUCGACCAAUAAGUGUCAGCUAUGUGGACGGAAGUGGUCUCCCUGAUGGUAUGAACCCUGCGUACAAUGUAUUUUAUGCGGAUGGUGAGCGUGGAAAUGAGUCCACUUGGGAGAUUGUGAACCAUGAGACAUGGAUUUUGAAUUUGACUGCGUCCAACGACAAUCCCAAGAACGAACCCGUAUUUUCUCAAAUACUGGAUGCCCAAACACAUUACAAAGUAAGCAGCAUGGUCCCAGAAGAGGUGCAUGACUUCAUCAAACGUAUGGUUUGCGACGAUGAGUUGUUUCUCGCAUAUCAAAAAGUAAAUAUCAAGGGAGAUGACUCACCACGAUUCAAACCUUGUGGAAACGAUGUCGCUUGUAAAUCAGUGGCGUUAAGAAAUCUGUUUGUGGCAAAUACUGCGGAUGUUUCCCAUCGAGAUGAGUUGGGAAGGAUGAUCUUAUCUGUGGAUUGCUCUGAGACAGAAGGAGAAGGAAAAGGCCACUCCCUGGCUCCUUCAUCAAUAAUUGGAUGGACGUUGUCGUUAAUAACAGUGUUGGUUGGAUAUUAUGGCGAAAGAUACUGAUCAGGAUUGUGCAAAAAUGUAUAAAUAAAAGCAAAUAUAUCGAGAAAUAACAA